AUGGCAGAGGCGGUUUUUAAACACGUAGUCGAAGAAAAGGGGUAUUCAGAGUAUUUCAGUGAAAUUGAAUCAUUUGGAACUAGUGGUUGGCACGUUGGCGACAGCCCUGAUUCAAGAACAGUUAAGACUUGCCGUCACUAUGGCGUGCCAAUAUCCCAUAACGCACAACAAAUAACUCCUCGAGAGUUUAGAAGAUUUGACUACGUUAUUGCCAUGGAUGAGUCCAAUAAAUCAGAUUUACUUCAUAUGAAACCCAGAGAUAGCAAGACCCAUGUGGCUAUGUUUGGAGAAUGGGGAACAGAUCCCAGAUAUGGAAAAGUGAUAACAGAUCCGUAUUAUGGGGGGAUUAAUGGUUUUGAAAGGUGCUAUCAACAGUUGAACCAUUUCAGUGAAAACUUUUUAAACAAAGAGAUUGGAGAGCUCUAA